UAUGUGGAUGCUGACGACGGCUGAUAAGGUUGGGAGGACAGAUCGGCUUCAUGCUUAUCUGCAGACUUGUCAGUCAGAGCCCCUGCCUUCCUCACCUUCACGGUAGCAGCAGGGACCAGGCAGAACAAGCGUAACCACAGGGAAAAGAAAAUAUAUACAUAUAUCCAGGUAUAGUGCCAGGCAUUCUGCAAACUACACAGCGGACAAAGAGCAGAAGCAAUACAGACUGGGAGCAGAUAGUAGAUGGAAAUGUGACCGUGGAGGAAAUAAAAAAAGCUAAAGCAACACUUGGGAGAUAGCUACGUGUGAGAAUAUUUUAAUGCCUUCGAUCUAGUGCAGGUGGAGCACGUGUCAAAGUGAGAAAAGCAUAGUCGCAAGAAACCAAGAAGAGAGUAAGAGAAUAGAGGGGAGCUAUAGAGACAUCCAAACACAGGGGCACAUUACCAAAAAAAAAAAAAAAACAGACUACAUCUUUUCAUAUUUAGAAAGAGGCGUACUGCUAUUGUACAACGUGAAGAGGGUGCACUUGUCCUGCCAGCUGCUUGUGACAUCUCUAUCCUGCUACUAUCGAACAUCUCGGGGGCUACUGCAGUGUGAACAAGGCAUGGCUACCAUCACCUGCACACGUUUCAGUGAGGAGUACCAACUGUUCGAGGAACUGGGAAAGGGAGCUUUCUCCAUUGUCCGUAGAUGCGUGAAAGUUUUAUCUGGGCAGGAGUAUGCAGCAAAAAUCAUUAACACCAAGAAGCUUUCAGCUAGAGAUCACCAGAAACUGGAACGCGAAGCACGAAUUUGUCGUCUCUUGAAGCAUCCAAACAUAGUAAGGUUGCAUGACAGUAUCUCUGAAGAAGGACAUCACUAUCUAAUAUUUGAUCUGGUCACUGGAGGAGAGCUGUUCGAGGAUAUCGUUGCCAGGGAAUAUUACAGUGAAGCAGAUGCCAGUCACUGUAUUCAACAAAUCCUAGAGGCAGUACUCCAUUGUCACCAGAUGGGAGUAGUACACAGGGACCUGAAGCCAGAAAACCUGUUGUUGGCCUCAAAGCUAAAAGGUGCAGCUGUUAAACUGGCAGAUUUUGGCUUGGCUAUCGAAGUGGAAGGCGAGCAACAGGCAUGGUUUGGAUUUGCUGGAACACCAGGCUACCUCUCCCCAGAAGUGCUGAGAAAAGACCCCUAUGGAAAGGCUGUUGACUUAUGGGCCUGUGGAGUUAUCCUAUACAUCCUCCUUGUUGGCUACCCACCUUUCUGGGAUGAAGAUCAGCACAGGCUGUAUCAGCAAAUCAAAGCAGGAGCUUACGAUUUUCCUUCCCCUGAGUGGGACACUGUAACUCCAGAAGCAAAGGAUCUCAUUAAUAAGAUGUUGACCAUAAACCCCUCGAAAAGAAUCACGGCUGCUGAAGCACUGAAGCACCCGUGGAUUUCACACCGCUCCACAGUGGCCUCCUGUAUGCACAGACAGGAGACGGUUGAUUGCCUGAAGAAGUUCAAUGCCAGGAGAAAGCUGAAGGGUGCUAUCUUGACUACGAUGCUGGCAACUCGGAAUUUCUCUGGAGGCAAGAGUGGCGGCAACAAGAAGAAUGAUGGGGUUAAGAAAAGAAAGUCCAGUUCCAGUGUCCAGUUGAUGGAAUCUUCAGAAAGUACAAAUACUACUAUUGAAGACGAAGAUACCAAAGUGAGGAAGCAGGAGAUUAUUAAAGUGACAGAGCAGCUGAUAGAGGCUAUUAGCAAUGGGGACUUUGAAUGUUACACUAAGAUGUGUGAUCCUGGAAUGACAGCGUUUGAGCCUGAAGCACUGGGAAACUUGGUGGAAGGUCUAGACUUCCACCGCUUUUACUUUGAGAAUUUGUGGUCUCGGAGCAAUAAACCUCUUCAUACAACCAUCUUGAAUCCACACAUUCACCUUAUGGGGGAUGAGUCUGCUUGCAUUGCUUACAUCCGUAUCACCCAAUACCUGGAUGCCAGUGGAGUUCCCAGAACUGCCCAGUCAGAGGAGACAUGUAUUUGGCAUCGUCGUGAUGGAAAAUGGCAAAAUGUCCACUUUCACCGAUCAGGGGCCCCUUCAGUCCUUCCACACUGAGGCUCCAUCUUUGGCCAUGGACUCUAAUUAUCAGCACCAGAAGAAGCAGCCCCUUCAGUCUUCUGCAGCUCUCUCCCCUUCUCUUUCUCCCUGCACCCCUUUAUUUUACUGGUCCAUACCUCUCUUUCUUUCUUUUACUUCUGAGGUAUCAGGUGACAGGAGGCAGUGUAUGAGUUUGUGUCCAGAUAUGUGUGAGCCUGUGUGCGUUAACAUGUUCUCUGCACAGUUCUAGUCACCCACCGAUAAGAGGUCAGGGAGAGAGGGGGUGUGUCUUCUCUGGAAAUGAUGUCAUUGCAUAUUGGGGCUGUGAUCUUAGCAGUGAUACUCAAACAGAUCAAAAAUACAUCACUAAAACCAUUCCACUUUCAUUGUAGUAGAAUAGAACACAGAUUACUCCAU